UGAAGUCCAUUUAGUCCUCCCCGCUCGCAUGCGCGGAAGCGAAACAAGUAUAAAAAUGGCGGCCACUCUGCGCAUGCUGGCCAGGCGACAGAGCUUUGUGUAGUUAAAUUAACUCACAGAGCUCGCCUGUGAAGAAGAUGAAAUUCCCAUCUCCCUUCCUUCCCUCCCUCCUUUCUCUCGUCCUGGUUAGCUUGCUUCACUCGCCCCUUCCCUCCACGGCAGCCCCCUUCGUCUGCACCACCCCUAAAACCCCCACCUGUCAAUCCCUGAUCGGCUACAUCCCCAUCAACCGAACAACCUACGCCGCCCUCAAAUCCCUCUUUACUAUCAAAUCCAUCCGAACCCUAUUCUCUGCGAAUGACCUCCUUCCUUCCACCCGCUCUUCCACUUCCAUUCCUGCCGGAUCCGUCGUCCGCGUCCCUAUCCCUUGUUCCUGCUUGGCCGGCUCCGGCUCAUCCUCCGGCCGGCCGAUUUACGUUGUGAAGGCCGGCGAUGGAUUGGAUUCCAUUGCUCGCAACAAUUUCGGAGGGUUCGUGACGUACCAGGAUAUCGCUAAGGCCAACAAUAUUUCGAAUCCGAAUCUGAUUGAGGUCGGAGAGCGGCUUCUGAUACCAAUGCCUUGCAGCUGUGAUCCUGUUGACGGGGAGUCGGUGGUGCAUUACGCGCAUUUUGUGGCGGCAGGGAGCACGGUGGCGUCGAUUGCGGAAGAUUUUGGUGUUUCGCAGGAUGUGCUUCUUCGGAUUAAUGGGAUCAAGGAUCCGAAGGACCUUCUGGCCGGACAGGUUCUCGAUGUUCCACUUAGAGCCUGCUCCUCGUCAAUAAGCAACUCAACCAUCGAUCGCAACCUUCGCAUCCCUAACCAUAGCUAUGCCCUCACUGCAAAAAACUGCGUGCUUUGCAACUGCAGCUCCACCACAUGGCAGUUGGACUGUCAUCCCACCCAGGGAAUAAGCAAGAACUCAUGCCCUGUAGCUAAAUGUGGAAGCCUCUCACUUGGCAACAAAUCUGUUUCAGCUUGUGAGACUUCUAUCUGCUCCUAUGCUGGCUACACAGCCAGCAACAUUCUCACUGUGCUCACCAACCAAUGUACAUGCAAUGGAACCAAAGGCUCGGGGCCGACACCGGGAUCGUCGCAUGGCUCGGCUUUGAGGGUUGGAGUUGGAUGGGUGGCUUGGACUCAGCUUAUGAUUCUUCAUAUAGUUUUAUUUCUUUUUGGUUUGAUGUGGAACGAAAUUAGUUGAUGGGUAGUUAUAUCUUUUUUAGUUUCUUGUAUGUAAGGGUAGUUCUUGUGUAUUGUAGCAGGGAAUUUGUUAGAAGGUUUUUUUAUUUGA